CGAAAUCCACACAAAUUGGUGUCGCUCUGUAGUGAUUCAGUAACAAUGCAYACCGAAURAUUGUUCCUACUACAAACUGAAUAGCACGUAGCACAAAAACUCAAGAAAAAAAGAAAGACGCACAAAGACAAACACUAACACUCACCAUGGCGCUCUCAGCAUCGGCGUGGAAGGGCCUCUCCAUGGCGGUCUUCACCUUGCUCUCGCUCGCGGGCUUUGCGGCGGCGAUCCUCCUGAGGGAGCGGGCCAACCAGCUAUGGGUCAGCUCCGGCGUCAUGUUCAGCGCCGGGGUUCUGCUGGCAGGCGGCCUCGUCCACCUCCUCGGGGACAGCACGGAGGGAUUCGAGGAGGCCGGUGCGACCUCCUUCCCGUGGAGCUACGCCGUGAGCGGCCUGACGGUGGCGGUCCUGGUGUGCGUCGAGAUGGUGGUCCGGGACGUGGCCCUCCGCAGGGCAGAAGCCGGGAGCCGGGCAAAGAACGAGAAGCAGGAACAGAAGCCGGAUCUSGGUGCCAGUGGCACCAGCCAACCCUCCGAGAUGAAGGUGGUUGUCGAUCCCGGUGGCAGCGCCGAGGACCAAAGCAAAGACACCAAGGAGAUCGAAASCAAGGCCGUUCCUGUUCCCACCGAUGGCCAACAGAAGGCAGGGAACCAGCGCCCCUCUUUGAGCAAAAAUUUGAGCCACCAAGAUCUUCAUGCCGUGAUCGGAAACGAGGACAUCGACCCGCUGACGGCGGUCGUUCUGACAAUCGCCCUCAGCAUCCACACCGUUAUCGAGGGCAUUGGGGUCGGUGCGACCGACGACGUCAGCGCCAUCCGGUCGUCCUUCGUGGCCAUUGCCUUCCACAAGAGCUUUACGGCCUACGCGCUGGCGAACUCGCUCGUGGAGUGCGGUUACUGGGGUGAUCCAUCCAAGCGCAAGUACUUCUACGCCAGCACGGGCCUCUUUGUUGGGCUGACCCUGGUCGGGAUCGGGGUCGGAUGGGCCCUGUCGGCGGCCACCGGGGGCCUCGGGUCCGCAAUCGUCGUCGCCGUCACCUCGGGCAGCUUUUUGUACGUGGCGGCGAUCGAGAUCAUCCCGGACGAGCUGGAGACCAUUGGGGAGCAGCGGCUACAAACGCCGCUCAUCGYGCUGUCUUUCUUGGGUGGGUAUUGCCUUAUGUCGAUGCUCGCGAUCUGGGCGUGAGUCCGCUCCUGGCAUCCUACCGGGAAUCCGGCACACUGUGAUGCGUUACGAUGCGUCCCAAUCCKAGUCCGUUUUMWAGAGGCCUCCCUUUUCGUUWACACUUYAUUUGCAUGCAUAAUUUUAUAGAAUCACCGUGCUUAAAUUUCCCCUGACAAGCUACCUCUCGGCCGUAGCGACUUGUUACGUACACACAAGAGUCUCUAUCCAUGACUUUUGUACCUUUGAUGUUUUGGCAGUAAUGAUGUGUUGGGGCUGGCAAGCCCCGAGCACCAGUUGCCUAGACAGUAAACUUGACUUAUUUUGCAAACAAAUCGUAUCGAUGCAUGCUCAUASCAUUUGCUGCCGUAUUUCGUUGCUGUAUUUUCUACACACGUACAAGGUCACGCACAAACAUAUUUGGCCCAUGUAUCACUGCGAUGCGUUCGAGCAACAAAGAACUUCUAUGCCAYUAAAAAUAAGAAACUAUACUWAAGUGCUGCUGUGUUUAAUCAAAAAUCCUUGAAAAGMKCCUGCUCUUUCUUGGAGAGGGCCUUGCCGCGGUACUUCUCUUUUUCCACCCGCGAAAAGUCGUCGAAGUUGCGUGUGUCGAGUGGAUUCGAGAUCUUGGGCUUGAACGGUGCCUUGAGCUUGCGCUCGUUGAGCUUAGCGAAGUCGAGCGUUUUGAACCAGGGGUGGUCCACGAUGUCGAGGUGUCCCCGGCUCAGGUUCCCAAAUCGGGAGGCCUGGCGUCUGGUCAGGAGCUUCUUCAGAAGGUCCUUGGCAUCGUCGCUCACGUAGCUCGGGCACUGGUAUUUCACCAURACGAUGCGCUUGAAGAGACUGACCUGGUCAGUGCCGUACAUGUAGAAGGGGGAUUGACCAACAAGCAUUUCGUAGAUCAAGACCCCAAAACUCCUACAGAGGGAAAACGGAAACAGCGUGAUGAGCAUGGGUUGCAAAAGCAAAGGAAAACAAAAUACAGGGUGCAAGCUACCUACCAGUAAUCGACUGCCUUGUCGUGACCCUUGGACAUGAUGAUUUCGGGCGCCAGGUACUCGGGUGUUCCGCAUAGAGUGUAAGUCUUGUCGACCACGAUCUUGGCAAAUCCAAAGUCCACCAUGAUGCAGUAGCCGUCCUUGUCGAUGAGGGCAUUCUCGGGCUUCAUGUCGCGGUAAACAAUGUUUCUGGCGUGCAAAUAACCGAGUGCCUCGAGAAUACAAGCCCCGUAGAACUGCGAGGCAUCGUUGUCCAAUCCAUCCCGGUCGUUCGUGUGGACGACGUUGAACAAUUCACCUCCCUGAUGGACAGGCAAGAGCAGGUACAAAAAGUCGGCAUCCUGGAAACUACCAUUCAGGGGCAAGAUGAAGGGGUGCUCGAUGGAAGCCAUGAUUUGCUUCUCUCUCAAGACACCCUUAACCUGACCGGCUUCGAUCACUUGUCGCUUUGUGAUCAUCUUCAGUGCGUACGGUUUGCGGCUGCCACGGGUAGUAGCCAACCAAACCUUUCCGAAGGCACCUAAAAAUAUGCAUUAC